AUUGAACCUUUAAAUCUUCGUAUUCCAUCAACUGUUUAUUUACAUUACAAUGGCGGAAGUUGACGAGGAGUUAAUUCGAAGUUUUAUAGCUAAUCAAGGCGGAAAAAUAAGUAACGCAGAGUUGGUUGUUCAUUUUCGUAAUUAUCUGAAAGAUCCUCGUUUUAAAGACCAAAAUCGUAAAAAUUUCAAAGAUAUAAUCAAUAAGAUAUGUGUUACAAAACAAGAUCUAUCGUCACGGGACAAAAUUCUCGUUCUUCGAAAACAAUUUCGUGAUGACACUCCUGAAACGCCUGUUCAUGAAGAGAGUAGAAAAUUCUAUAAGCCAAAACGUCGUCCCGAAAAAAAUCCAUUCAAGAAUGAUGCAAGCCGUGUUAGUGAAUUGGAUGAAAAACUACCUCAAGAAGGGGAAGAAGAAUCGGAUUUACUCUCAAGUGUAAUGGCUUCUGUGGAGCAAUCAAUAAAAAAUGCUUCAGCUGCUGUUAUUGCUGAGGCGGAAGAACCCGCUGGGGAGAACUUACCUGAAGAGCCACUAAAUAAUAAUGUUUUUGAGGAGCCUAGUAAAAAUUCGAAUACCUCUGAGACUACCGAAAAUAACCCAUUGAAUAUUCCUUCUGUUGUUAUUGAUGACGCUCAAUCAGAAGAAAAACUAACUGAAAGUGCUGAAAGUUCAACAGUUGACACGAGUGUAGAAACUACACCAGCUCCAACACCAGUAGCUGUACAACAAGAGUCCGAAGAUAUUCCAAAGCUGAAUAUUAAGCUCAUGGGAGCUGAUGUUCUUAAAGAACAGUUGAACGAUACAUUCAGCGUCAAGGAUAGAGCUAAUCAGAUAGAUCAGUUACAGAUAGAUCUUAAAGCUGAGCAAAAGAAACAAAUGCCUGCUAAAGUUAGGGAUAAAAAUGAUGAAAACGAAAAUAAAUGCGAUGAGGAUUUAACACCAAAUCAAAGAUUAUGGAUGUUAGCUUCGUGCAAAUGUAAUAUACAGAAAAUGACACAACUUUUAAGAGAUCGACCUGAAUUAGCUACAUUUGCAGAUGUAACUAAUGGGACCGCAAUUCACUGGGCAAGUAAGAAAGGUCAGAAGGAUGUAAUUAAAGCCAUAAUGUCAACUGGAAGGAAGCAUAACUUAGAUAUUAAUAUUAAUGCAAGAACAGGAUAUACACCUCUUCAUCUAGCUGCCAUGCAAAAUCGAGAAGGUGUUAUAGAAUUAUUAACUGGUGGAUACGGUGCUGACAUAAGUAUUAGAGACUACAGUGGUAAAAUACCAAACGAAUACCUUCCGCGCAAAGCAUCUGCAAAUUGUCAAAGAUUGCUUAUUGGUGGUGGAAGACAAUUAAAAGUUCCAAGUACAACAGCAUUUAAGAGAAAAGGCUCAUACAGUGAAAAAACUCUUGGUAUUGCUUCGGCUUUAGGCUUCAGGCGAUCAUGGGCUGAAGGAAUGGACUCUACACCUAGAAAAAGUUCAAUAACAGCUGGAAUAGAGAAUCUCUUUAGAAGAGCAAGUCCAUCACCAUCACCAACACUUUCAAGAAAGGCAACAUCGGCUAGCGAAAGUAAUCUAAUGCCUCCUCCUUUGCAAAUACCCAACCCUCGGAAAAGGAAUAAGUCCGACAAAAGAGGUGGAUCUUGA